AUGGGUGAAAUGAAAGGAAACUCAGGGAAACUCCUGUCCACAGUCUAUGUGCCUGAAAAGACGAAUGUGAGCAAAGUCACACUACGAUCCGGUACUACCUAUGAAGGACCCCAGCCAAAGAAGUCUAGUGGAGAACCAAGUGGAGCAACAUUAUUGGGGGACGUUGUCUCGGAAGAAGAGCUACGCAGACCUCUACCCCAGAUGCAGGACCCAUUUUUCUUGGGAGAAACACCAUGUGGAAAAGGCGAGCCCGAGAACGUACUGGUCAGGAAGGAACCCCAUCAAGAGGUAGAAUCCAGAACGAAGGGAACUCAGACCCAGAAUCUGCCCAAGGAAGGUCCCAAGAAGAAAUCAGAAUUUAUUGGAGCCGCAGGGGCUCAACUACCAGCCAGUACAGAGGAAUUCUCAGAUGGUGAAUUAGAAAAAGAGGGGGAUGCUGCAAAAAACCUUCUACCCGCAGACACACUUCCCCAACAAGUAGAUUUAAAGAAAACUGCCAACAAACAAGCCUCGGUGAGACCCUUUUCAAACCUCCGAGAGAGAAUUCCAGAAAUACAACCGCCGACUGAAGAGCGGCCGCCAAACCCACAACCGCAACCACAAGAGCCGAUUCCUCAGGCUCCGGCGAUGAUUCCCUUGAACGAACUGGUGGAGUUCCUCAGGCAGCAGGACCCAAAUAAAGAUUGGGCGGCUGUGUUGGCGGGUUUUAACCAAAUCGGAGGCGGAUCAAGCAUGACCGGAGGAACCCCGAUAGUACCUACCCCAGAAACAAAUGUUCAGCCCACAGUGCACCCACCGACUCCCAUUCCAACUUCCUCAACAAUCCCACCAGAAAAGAAAUCUCCCUUGGCGACCGCACCAUCAGAAUCCUCAAAACCCUCCCCGACUCGCCAACAAAUCGAACCAAUGGAUGUUGACCGUCUUUCUGCCUAUUGUGACUCCGACCUAGGGGAAGGUGAAUGGAAGGCAAGGGAGGAGCAGAAGAGCCGGGAGGAAGAAGAUGAAUCGGAGAGAACACUGGUAGCGGAACUCGUUCCCCAAGAAAUGGAAAGGGAGGGGAUAGAUCUGAACGAAACGGCCCGAAAAAAAGUCCUUAUGACUGAUGAGGAGUUUGAGGAGCUUUUGAACGAGGCAGUAGGAGAGAGUGAAGAAGCUGGUACAAGGAACGACCCAGAAGGCCUAGCCCACCAGCCAGUAGACAAGGUGGAAGAGAAACAGACUGAAGAGGUAGAGCCGAAGUCGGUGACUCCCCAGCCAGAAGCAGGGGGGAGUGAUACACAAAUCGAGGAGAAGAAUACCGAGGUACAACCAGCGGAACCAGAGCAGGUGGUACCACCAGUAUUGAAACCGAAAGCAGUUAAAAGAAAAUUAGUGUUUAAAGGUGAUCCAAAGGCAGAACGGCUGAAGCCAAAGAGAGUAUCGCAAAGAUGCUUCGGGAAAUGGACAUCCAACAAGGCAAGAGCAAACACGGCAGCAAGUGCGUUGGAAAUCUCUAGUGAAGAACACAGGGCUACUCCUACAAAACCUGGGGAGGAAUCCUUGUCGGCUACCAACUUGAAAGAUGCCUCGACAGCAACCGAAGUGGUCUCACCCACGCCUAGUGAUCAGAGGGAAGAAACUGACACGAUGGCUGAGGGUCUGGACCUCGCAUCGGAGUCAGUAGGGCACCUAGAGCCAGGAGAUGACAGUACCCAUAUCCGCUUGGAGACCCGGUCUACUGCCCAGAAGGAGCCUUCAACACCAACAGAGGAGAGACCGGAGGAAAAUGAAGACGGAGAUGAGGACAGAUACCGCAAGGAGAGGAAAAGGAAGGGGAAAGCCCCUGUUAAGAAGAAACCAAGCAGUAAGAAGCAACGCACGGUCAACACCGGCAUCGCCAUCACAGAGUCAGAUCAGAGAGCCCCACCGCGCCGAAAGGAGCUGAGUGACAGUGAGUAUACCGCAAGUGAAGAAUCGGGGUCAGAAAACGACGUCUCCCUAGAGGACGAGGAGUAUGGGGAAAAGCAGCUCCCACACAACCAUCGAGAGUUGAUGCAUCAUCCCGUGGAAAGAUUGAAGUACCAGCGUCGGAAGGUGGAGCUCACUGACGAGCUAAUAGAAGACAUGAAGCACUUCAGCACUAAAAAGCUUCAGGAUGCGUUUGAUGACAAGGACGACAACAAGCAGAUUAAGAGUGGGAAGGUACUCUUUUUCCCAGCACUUGAUGAAUUGAAUUCCCGUGAGACUCUCUUGUUGCAUUUGCGUGCGUUGGGAUUUGAUUGGUUGUUGGAGAAUGGGGAUCCGAGUAUACCUAUAAGGCUGGCAAAUGAGUUUUUCACUACCUUUAGAUUCAAGGUCACUACGGAUCUGGUUGAAGAGUCCAUAACCUUUAGGGUAUUCGGAAGAGAGGUGAACAUGAGCUUGAUUGAGUGGACGGGCAUACCACGUUUCUACGCGAUGGGAAAAGGAGCUAUACCAGCCGGGAGAGCGACGGCAGCCCAAGGAACACCAGCGCAGGAGCAGAGGCAUGAGAGAUUGGAAAAAGCAGUGGCGGAGUUAGCCGAUGAAAAUAGGAAAGCAAGGGCGGAGUUGAACCGUUUGGCAACGGUGAUGGGAGGAAUCUUGAGGGAGUUAGCUGCUGAAAAGUUUUAA